AGUGAUUUUUUCAUGGCCAGUCUCUGAUUGUAGCGUCUCUAUCUGGCUGACCCUUAACUAUAAGGAACAAACUUCUAUAUACAUCGUGUUCGUGUAUCCAUUUAUGUGUGGCACAUAACUGUCGAACCAUUGUCAAAAUCAGCUGUCAAAUAUUAGAAGGAUCAACGACGCAACAAUUCGAUGACGCGUUAGCUGUGAAAUGAAGCGUAUGAAGUGAAAAAUUUCUAUUUUUUAUCUUAAGUCACGAGCGUUGCGACGCUCGACUGCAGUAUUCGACUUCGUGCAAACUGCUUAUUAAAUAUAUGGUGUACAGGCGUAUAGUAAUCUAUGAAUUUAGGCGUAUUCAACAGAGUUAAUCUUAAGGAUUCCCAAGGAGGAAUGUAUUCAGAAUGGGCCUCACUGAGCACUCUGAUCCAGCAAGGUUCAGAGGAAAGCCAGAGUGUACUUGAAAAAUUUCCACCUGGUGCAGGAAAAGAAGUUGCACUGUCAUUGGUCCGUCAACUUGCUGCAAAUCUUGGUAUUACUCAGACAGGAGAACCUAGUCCACUCUCCACUGACAGAGAAGUUCAAUGGUGCAUGGAAGUGAUAUGCUUUGGCUUGUCGUUGCCGCUGGCCGAGCAUGACACGGUCAGAGAUUGUGUAAAUAUAUAUUGCGAAUGGUUGUCUGCUCUAUAUUCAACACCAAAGAUUUCUGUACCCAGACCAAUUGUGGACGAUCCAAACUUCUAUGCCAGAAAGAUUAUAAGUCAUUUUCACAAUCUGUUUGUUCCAAGAAAAGGAGAAGUCUGGCCUUUUCUCUAUCAGGAUCUAGGUACAGACACAAUAAAUCGGCAAGCUGUCUUGUGUCAUCGGGUACUUAGAACUUUGCAGCAAAUUGCAAGAGGUCCAGCAACACUGGAAAGAGAAACUUGGAAAAGUCUGUUAUUAUUCCUCAUUGGAAUUAAUGACGCAUUAUUAGCACCUCCGGCAACUAGAGAAGAUGCAGGAGAACAAUUGUGCGAGAGAGUGCUCGGUGUAUUGCUAGAAGUCUGGCUAGUUUCUUGUGAACGUAGUUUUCCUUCACCUCCACUAUGGCGAACGUUACGAGAAUCCUGCCUGCGAUGGCGUCACAGGCUGGCUUUAGUGGAGCAGUGGAAUCGCGUGUGUCUCGCUCUUACAGCAAGGCUGCUACACAUCAUGUACGGGCCAAUGUUUCCCGAAUUGAAAAUAAGCGAGGAGGAUACGCAGCUGGUACCACCCUCUAUGUCAGACGAAGCAGUAGCACAGGCAUGGUACAGACUGUUGCGUACUAUUGGCGAUCCUGUGGAUUUGUGUAGACCCGCCGUUGUUUCACAGACACAAGCGUUUUUGCAGUACGCUAUUGCCAGUCCUAACGUCAUAGAUCCAUGUCAGCAUCCAUGUUUGCAAAGUUUACCGCAAAUAUUUUUGAAAGCUAUAAAAGGCAUAGCUGGUCAGGUCGACGCUUUCCUCGGAGUUUCACAGGCAUGCUGCUGGGAGGAAUGUUGUAUGUCCAACGUCAUAUCAGGGAAUAGCGGCACCAGUGGCGGGGGUGUUGGAUGGGAUAGGUCGAACAGUAGAGAUCAACCUCAACCUUCCCCCACACCCCCAACUCAGCGCAGACUUGCCAAAAGUUUCAGUGUCACUCCUUCUGCAGUCACUAAGGGAAUUCCGAAAGCAUCGUUAAUUGGAUUAACGACAAGCCGUGUAUCUAGUACACCGCCGUUGCUAAUAUCAAAUUCCGGGCCAUCGUCCGCUUCUAGUACCGCAUCUAUGACUUCACUUGGCCAGGAUAUCAGACCUCCUUUAGCUCCAGGACGACCCAAAUGUAAUAGUAUAUUGCACCUCUUUGGAGAAUGGUUAUUCGAGGCUGCGUAUGGUACCGAAGGUUGGUCGCAAAAUUUACCGCAACCAUCAGGUGCCUCAAAACGUCCGUCUUCAGUACUCGUGGAUGGACCGAGUUCGUUGCAAGAGACUAUGAGUGAUGUACCGCCAACACUGUGCAUUGAUCGUUACGAGUCCGGCAGAGCGGAGGCUUUAGGCGCUCUGUGCAGAUUUCUGCGCCAAAAAACAGGCGAGGAGAUUUUACCUGUAUACCUGGCCAGAUUUUACCAGGCGAUGUAUCAUGGUCUUAAAGUCGACGAGUCUCGUGAAUGUGGCGAAACAUUAGCGAGUAUUCUAUUGAAUUCGGCUGAUUUGUUUCGCCUCGAUUUGAAUGGUAUUCAGGUCUUAGUGCCAGCUGUGUUAUCCGCCCUGGAAGUGGUCUUACCGGAAAAAGAUUUGAAACUAAAAUCUAAUAUAGUAUCCAAACCGGAUUUGAGAAGAGCUUCAAUACAUUUGCUCAUAUCGAUGUUAGCGCUGCCUUUACACUUUCAGAAUCUCGCUAUUAAGGAGCUCCCAAUAUUCUCAGGCACAAAUUUCUCCGAGAAAAGUCCUAUAACAUUUAUACAGUUAAAAUCGAGACUUAUGAAUUUACUCAUAAAUGCUUUGCAAGUGGAAACCGAUCCUCAAAAUACGCAUAUGCUGUUGGGAGCUUUGUUAUUGAGUGUACAAGAUUCCGCGGCAGCAGAAGAAGUAGAGCAAGUUACGCAACCUGAUACGAUAGCUAGUGAUUCAAGCACUAAUUUAUUAUCUUCAGUCACCAGCGAUUCGGCCAGUCAAAUAAGUAUAUCCAGUGAUCAGCGAUCAAUUGGCGAUGCCUCUGACAUUGCAACCCUUCAAGAGGAAUGCAUUGCAUUUGAUUCUGCCCAUGCUCUUUUUGUACGAGCGACGUAUUUGGUGUGUCAUCGUCUCAUUUCGUCAUGGAAAACUGAUUUAAAUAUUUCUCUAGCAGCACUCGAGAUGUUGUCAGGAUUAGCACGCACACGUAUUCGUGAAACAGCAAGGAAACUCACAGAUGCUCUGGAAUGCAAGAGAGCGGUAAAAUGGUUGUGCGACUAUAUUUCGUAUCAAUGUUGGCGCCCACCUCCGGCGCACUCUAAGGAUCUUCACUCCUCUAUAGUCGCGGCAUUCAAUUGUUUAACAACUUGGCUAACUGCUCAUCCGCAAUUAUUACAGGACAAAGAUUGCUUGACCACAGUAUUAGAAGUUGUUGAACUCGGAGUGUCUGGUACUAAGAGCGUCGGGAAACCGGGAGAACCUAUCAAAAUGAAAGAUGAGAAAGAAUUAAAACCCGCAUCUAUGCGUGUAAGAGAUGCCGCCGAUGCGCUUCUUACUAUUCUAUUGGAACAGGUUGGUUAUUUUCCAAGCGCCUGUGGGGCACAAUCGCUCUCGUCAUUGUUGGAUGAAGUAUCUCUGCUUCGACACUGCAACAGUUGGACUGGCGGACGCGUGGCACGACAAGCAGCUGUUGAAAGAUUUCGUUACUUCGUAUCAGAAAAUGCGAUUGUGUUAGCGUUGUUAGAAGAACCAUUAGGAAAUGAUCAGGAUCCUCAGCCGACUGUGACGGUUUUGAUUCGCGGACCUUUCGGUAGGCACGCAUGGACGAUGCAGCUUCGUCAUUUACCUCGUCAUCGAUCCAGCAUCAGAAGUAUAAACAACAACCCCGGACGACCCCUGCCAUUAGCUGAAGCUGCGCCACGAACAGAUUAUAAGCCGAGAUUUUUUCCAGAUAAUGUAGAUCGCAUACCUCACUGUAAAGUGGAUGAAUCGAUACCUAGUCUCGAGGCAGUUAUGAGUGACAAUGAUGCGGUACGAGAUGAACAUCAAAUCCUCGCGCAACUCUUGGAACGUCAGAUAACGCUCGAGUCAAAAUACGACAACGGUAAUAUCAAAAUUACGGAAGAUAAAACCGACGAAUGCGUACCGCCCCAGAUUUGUCACGAAUUUCAAACGGCCCGUUUAUUUCUGAGUCAUUUUGGUUUCCUAAAUAUGGAACCUAAAGAAAACGAAGAAUCCAGAAAUAGCGGAUUAAUCGCUUUAGAUCCGACCAUCCCUGGAUUCUGUACAGACUUAGAAACCCUGGACAAUAUCAGUCCACGAACGUGCGACACCGUUCAUAUUUUUUACGUAAAAGCCGGUCAAAAGUCUGCCGUAGAAAUAUUAUCAAACGUGCUUCACGAAGAGAACAUAUCACCGAACUUCUUGGAAUUUUUAAAUUCUCUUGGUUGGCCCGUUUCUGUAUCUGCUCAUGCGGGCUGGACGGGUCAUGUAUCCACCUCAUGGAGAGUAACAGCGCAAAUGAAUGUGCCACAGCCAGCUCACAGCAAUCAUGGCGGAGCGCUUUACAAUGGUGAUACUCAUGUGCUGUAUUGGGCGGACGUAAGUUCAGAGAUUGCAUUUGUUGUGCCUACACAAUCGUAUCUAAUGGCCAGUUCCGAUUCACUAGAGGAAUCCAGUUACAACAAUGAUAUUAGCACCGGUGGUCAAGCAUGGUUUGAGCGGAGCAUCAGUGAAAGCACGGAUACUCGCAGCAGUGGGACAUCACAGAAUACAACGCAGGCUUCUAGAGCCAUGUCGCUCGAUCUAGAGAAACAACCGUCGAGCUUGCCAGGUCCGACAAAUUCCUCGAGUGCGGAUCCCAUUAAGCCUAGGAGAACAACGAAGCAGGCUUUACCGGCUCAAACUAAUACAAAGAUUAUGGUUGUAUGGUUGGAAAGUUUGGAGGAUCAUAUCCAAUUUCCAAUUGGCGAUCUGCUUCCUUCCACUUAUACUGGAUUGGAACAAUCGAGGAUGCUACAGGCUACUGAUGUGCAUGUUAUCUUUCUUCAAGCUCUUGCUAAUGGAUUGAUGCGGAUCCGAUUACAGGGACCGAUUUCUAGAAUUAAUUUAGCAACGCCUUUAAUCGAUGGUAUGGUAGUGUCAAGAAGAGUUUUGGGAACUUUAGUCAGACAAACUGCUCUUAAUAUGGGACGCAGAAAAAGGCUAGAUAACGACAGUUACCAUCCACCGCAUGUACGAAGACGUUUAAAAAUUCAAGAGAUGGUGCAAAAAUAUAAAAGAAAUUUGACAGAUCCAGAAUUGCUAACGCUUUUAUUCAGUAGCACUCAAACGUAUCAAGUUAAAUAGAAAUUUUCAAGAAUCUCAUAUGAGUUCAAAUUCUGGAUAACAAUAGUCUAACUUCUUUGCUGCUGUAUUAAAGAACAAUUAAUUUUUUAAAUUGACUGAAUCUUAUAAUUGCACUUCAUGUCAUACUAAA